GCCUCGCAUUUUGUAAAUUAUAUUAUAACCGACAAAAGGGUCAAUGAUAACGUACAUAAAAACACAUUUGUCGAGAGUGGCCACAUAAAAGGAACGUUUAAAGAUGUAGUAAAUAGUUGUGGUGACGAUAAAAAGUGUUUUGAUGAUUAGUCGUGUGGUGUGUAGAAUAAUUGUUGAAGUUUGAAUUUUUCGGUCAUUUGUAAAAAAUUGUAAAAAGUGAUGGAUGAAGAUGAACGUAGAAGACGCGCCUUGGAGGCAGGGAAAGAAAUGCUGGAGAAGUUCAAAGCCGAACGUAUGGGAAGACUUUCUCAAGCAUCCGAUGCUGAUUCUUUGCGCAUCAAUAUGCCAAGGCAAUACUUGGAAGCACAAGGUGCUAAUGCUGAAGGCGUAUCUUCAAGAGAUAUUACAUACAGUAGUGUAAGCAUGAGCGAGGGUGAAGGGGAAGGUGAAUUAGAAGGAAUGGCUGGUAGAGUAGCCGAACUGGAGGAAUUGUUGCAUGGAAAAGAGGCAAUGGUAGAGGCAUUAAACGCUGAGCUUGAUCAUCUUCGAGGCGAAAAUUCCUCUCCAAACUCUUCUCAUAACAGCAGCCAUACUAGCAGUAUUCAAAAUAAUUCAAAUAUCAUAGCCAUUUAUCACUCGAAACUUCAAGAGUUCGAGUCGGCUGUCCAACAACGUGAUAAACUAAUAGAAGAUUUAACCUCCUCGCUGGUGCAAGCACUAGGAGCUCGUGAUAGUUUAGUAGAACAAUUAAAUGCCCUCAAUGCUCUGCAACUCGGUAGUCCCAACUCUGAAAAACUUACACGAGAUAAGAUUAGUGCCUUAGAAUCCAACGUUACUGAACAGAAAAAUGUGAUCAGUGAUCUUAAAGCUCGAAUUAAGGAAUCUCAGGAAAGAUUAAAAAAAUUGGAAAUGGAGAAAGAACUGCAAAACUCAGAAAUAGGAGAUUAUAAAAUGCAGAUCAAUAAUUUGAACAAAGAGAUUCGUGCAAGUGCGGAAACCCUGGAGCAGCAGAAAUUAGCAGAAGUUCGAGUCGAAAAAGUCAAGAAGGAAAUGCAAGUUCUCAUGGAAAAAUUCUCCACGGAGAUCAGCGAGCAUUCUGUGGAACAUCAGAAAGAAUUGAAGGAUCUCGAAACCAAGUAUGAAUCCGAUUUAGAAUCCAUGAAGAAAAACUACGAGGACAAUAUGCGAAAGUUAAAGGAAGAUCAAAAGCAGCAAGAAAUUGCUCAUACGAAAGAACUCGCAGUCUUCCAGGCGCAAGUGGCCAAUUAUAAAAAAACCGUUGAAGCGCUGAGACUCGAGUUGAUGAGCCGUAGCGAUAUACAAAAUUCUCGAUCGGAUAUCAGCUUUCAGCGUUCAAAACUCGAGGAACUCGGGGACGAGAUGUUGAACGAGGAAAUUCGUCUGCACAAAAUUCAACUUGACGACAUGACGGCGAAAUAUAUAGCGGCAGCGAGUGUCCUGGAAUCGAAAGAAAGCAUCGAGAGAUCCUUGGAGCAAGCGCUUUCCGACGUAGCGGCUUUGAAACAAGAAAACGAGGUUCUUAAGUUCAAAAUGGACGAUCUCUCGGCUCGUUACGCUGCUGCCCAAUCCCUAAUUGAAAACAAUCAAAUGCACGAGAGGUCUCUCAGUAGCAAAAUCUACGACCUGGAAAAGAGUAUGUCGAGGAUCAGUGGCAUCAGUUCCAACUCAUCUCCUUUCGACGCGACAGUCUAUCAAACCCUUGACGAGUUCGCUGUGCAGUACCAACACAAUCUUCACGAAUUGGAGGAAAAAAGCGAGCUGGAGAAGAAGCUUCAGCGUAGAAUUGAUGAGCUUGAGGGUAGUGUUCGAAAAGCGAAUGAAGAACUUGAACUCGCGAAUUUGGCGAAGAAGUCUUAUGAGAAACAGUUAAAGGACAUGAAGAACAUUUAUGAUAAAGCGUCUUCUGCCGACACUUGUUCAGUGUCAUCCAGCGAUCCUAAGGAGAUGUUGGAGGCUCUGAAGAAGACUUUGAGGGAGAAGGAAGCGGAGAAUUUGGAGUACAAAUGUAAAUUAGAGGCGAUGAAUUCCAAGACGAGGAAGGUUGAAGAAGAGAGAGAGAAAUUGAAAAAUGGUUUGGCUGCUGCUUGGGCUGAAUGUGCAGAAUACAAGAGACUGAAUUUAACGUUAAUGGGGGAGAGCCGAGUGGACGACUCGAUUUCCGAAAGGAGCAAUCUUGUCAAUGAGUCUAACUUGAAUCUUGGCGAUACGAAUCUCUCUCUUCAGAUUCCGGAUAAAAAUACGACGGAUGAUAGUUCUAAAACGAUUGCUAACAGUCCUGGAAAGACCGAUAUUUCCAAGUUGCAAGAGGCGGAUGCUCUAGCCAAAGAGAAUGAAGAACUUCUCAAAGAGUUGAAGGAAGCAAUGGAGAAACAGAAGGACUACGAGGAAAUGGAGAAGAAGAUCGGAAAGUAUUAUGAAGAGUUUGAGAGGGUGAAAUCUGAGAAUGAGAAGUUGCUGAAGGAAAUCGGGGAAUUGAAAGACGAGGCCGAUAGUAUUGAUUCUCUCAAGCAGUGUGUCAAUCGUCUUAAUAAGGAGAAUGAGGCGUUUGUCAGGCGGAUCGAUGAGAUGUGUGAGAAGCACAAACUGGAGAUCAAUGAGGCUGAAAAGAGACAUCAGGAGGCGAUGGAAGAGUUGCGAACUUAUUUUGAACAGAAGUGUUUGCAGAUGGAGAAGCAAUAUUCGGAGGAAGUUUUUAGUCAGCAGUCGAAGAAGAUGUCGGAUGAUAGUGAAAUUGAAGAUCUCACAGAAGAUUUGUACUUUGGAGGUGCUGGAGAUUGUCCGAAUGUGGAUAACUCUUCGAAAAUUGAGGCCAAGAAUGAAGAGACUUCAAUGGUUAUUAGAGAAUAUAAGGAAAAAGUGGAGACUUUACAGCAGGAGUUGAAGAACUUUAAGGAGAAGGGAAGUCGAACGUCUCUUCUUAAGGCUAUUAAUCAGUGUUGUCAAACUGACUUGGACGAGACAGCAUUGGAAAGUAGUGAGUUGACGAAACUCCGAGCUGCUUAUAGCCAUCAACUUGAGGAACAAGUGGCACUUGCUCGACUUGAUAUUGUCAACGCACUUCAGGAUCAAAUUCAGACUCUACUCACAAUCGAUGCAGAUGUCGAAGAAAACUGGCCUUCUGAAUUGUUAGAAUUAAGAAACAAAUUCACGAAUAACGCAAAACGCGAGAUUCAAGAGUUGAGAGACAAACACGAGUUAGAAGUUAAGCGUUUGAAGGAAGAUCACAAUAUCAAUAUAAAUGUAGCAAAUAGAACGAUUAAACGCUACGAGGAGGAAAUUAAGAAGCUCAAAGAAGAAUGCAACCGAGCUAUUCAAUCUGAACAAUCCGGGGGAGAGAAGAUGUCCCUGAAAAAGGAUUUACUCCAAGAAAGAGACAAUUUGCACAAAACGUGUCGGACUCUGAAAAAUCUUGUCGGUGAUUUGAUAAAUUUCUUUGCCGUUUGCGAAGAUGAAGUAAACAACACAUUCAUCAGCGAAGUUCAAAAAAGACAAACGCCCCAGAAAUCAGUCAGAAAAAUUUCGGAAUCCAUUGAAGGAAAUAAAAAACAAUCGAAUGAAAGUACGUUGAGCAGCAGCGAGGAUGAAACGGUGAAUAAAUCGUUACAGCAAGUUAAACGCGUUCAUUUUGCUCCAAAUUCGAAUGAAAUAUCUUCAAUAAUUAACAGCGACAAUGAGAGUUUAGCGGAAAUAAUAGAGAACGACAUAGAUAUCGCCAAGAAUUUCAGAAAGGAACUGAACAAAUGUUUGAAUCGAUUGAAAACCGAGAGUGCUGAGAUUCUUGGUGUGCCAUUUUCUCUGGAUGAAUCCAAUUUGGAUCAGCUUUCAAAGCAAGUGAUGUGGUUGACGAAAGUCAACGAGGAAUUGAGUUUGAAGCUCUCGGAAAGUGAGAACACGAUGCUCUCCUAUCAAGAGGAAGCUGAGCAAUUAAAAGCCAAAAUUCAGAAAAUGCAGAAAUCUCUCAUGGUUGCGGAAAAUAAAAAGGAAAUAAUCUCUGAAGGAUAUGGAGAACAGGAUCAAACUUGCGAAGAUGAAUUGCAAGACAUAUCACAGCUUCAAGAUCGCGCGAGGUCGGUGAUAAUGAAUGGCAGUGGAGACAACACUUAUCUUCUUCAAUUGGUAGAGGAAUUGUGCAGGCACAAUGACAAAAUAUCCGAUGAUUCUAAAAGGGAGAAGGACGAUCUGCAGAAUCAGCAGGUGUCAUUAGAACCCAAUCCUCCCUCAUACAUUCACAGGGUUUGCUGUCGAAAGAUCGCGGCUGCUGACAAACAGCUUAGAGCGAUGAAAAAGUUUUUAGAGGAACAAACCAGUGAACGAGAAGCGGAGAUUGAUGAAGCGACAAAAAAAAUUGAGAAUUUGGAAAUUCUGCUGAGGGAUGUUGAGAGAACGAAGGAAAGGGAUCAACGCAUGACUUCUGAGCAGUCUUCACUAUCGCCUGUUCCGUCGUCAGAACCAAUUGUGCUUCGAACAACUGACGCCCACGCAGCUGUGGAGGCACUCGAGUCCCAAAUGCGAGAAAUGACAUCCUUGAUGUCGGACACGGAAGCCAAAAAAUCCGAAACCGAAAGCGAGCUAAAAGCAGCAGUCGACAAAAUUUGGGUUCUACGUGACAUCAUAACCGACCUUGAACAACAACUUCAAACAAAAGUCGAGCGUGAAGAACUCCUCCAAACGCAAAUAGAUCAAUUGGAAGAAUUGAUAUCAGCCCAGAAUCGAAAUCAACAAGAACUCGCUCAAGAAUUAGAGUCGAUCAAAUCUGGAAGCGAGAAUGUACAACUAAAUGAUCACAUCAGUCAUCUUCAGGAGGAACUUAGGAAACACAAACUAAGCUCAGAGCACUUCAAUUCCAACUCUUCGACCUUGAAACAAAUAAGAAUGGAGCUUCGCGAAAUGCACAAUCACGUUGAUAAGAGAAUCAAAGAACUCGAAGCCUUGCAUGUGUGCGGCUCUAGUUUAAGUAUUAGCCAACCUAGUGAAGAUGUUUCCAUUAGAGAUCAGAUAGAAGCUUCUCGUUGUCCCACACCUGAUGAUCCAAACGCUCCACCGACUCUCCCACUCGAUCAGGUUUUGAAGCUGAAAGAUAAAUUGAUGAAGCAUGCGAGAGCAGAGGAAGUUGCUUUGAAACGAAUCAAGGAUUUGAGUAUCCAGCUGACUAGCUUGAAAAAUCAGAAUGAGGAGUUACAAGCCGAGCAGGAAAUUUUACAGCAAACAGCGUCGGAGCAAUUGUUUCAGAUGGAAGCGAUGCGUGGAAGGCUUGAACAACAGAAACAAGACGCUCCUUUUGCCCAGAGGCAAGCGACUUCCCGCUUGGAACUUCAGCUUCACGAGACGAAUACCAAACUUCAUUCGAUGGAGCGCUUAAUCGCAGAUAAGGAUUUGGAAUUGAAAGAGAUACGAGAACAGCUCGAGAGGGCUAAUCAGAUUUUAAUGGAAAAGGAAAUCGAGAUCGCGAAUGUUGUUCAAUCAGAAAAUGAUGUCAUCCAGAAAUUGAAGGAUCGUCUAGAAAUUGCAGAAGAGGAGAAGAAGGUUCUUGAAUCCAAAUUUGGAAAACAAGAACGUGCACAGAUCGAACUUCCCCAGCUUCUGGAUUCGAUGCUCGCUGAUAAGAAUGAGGAAAUAGAUCACCUGAAGGAGCAAUUACAGAAGAAGGAAAAACAACUCGAAUUGUAUCUUUCCCUCAACCUUGAUGAGAAUCAGUUAAAGGAAAUGGCGAAGCAAGAGCCGAAGAACAGCGCAAGAACUCUCAGUGAUAUUCUGUCGAUUAAUUCGGAAUGUGAAGAGUAUCAGGAAGGUAUUCGUGAAGUUCCGAAUUCCACGAGAAAUCUGCAUAAUGUUUCUUCGUUCAGAGUUCCUCAGCCCGGAAUUUCCAAGGAUACUUUAGAACUUAGUCCAAAUUUGAUAGAGAGGAAUAAAUCGAUUCAGGUGCCACAAUUGGAGUUGGGAUUACAGUCUCAGAGUAUGUCCAAUUCGUAUCCAAGAGAAUCGAGGGAAUUCGAUACAGGAUUGGAGAAGAGCGAAGCGGAUUCAAAGUCUCCAAAUGGAGAGCUUUUAGAAUCUCAAAAAUCCCAGAACAUUUCUCCAAAAAGUAGAAAGAGCUCGGAUGAGUUGAUGAAAGAGCAGAUCCACGUCUUAGAGACUCAGUUGAAACGGAACCAAGAAGAGCUGAAUUUGAAGUCUGAAAGUUUGAGGCAAAAAGAGGCGGAAUUGAUUGCGAUUCAAGUGAGCCAGGAAGAACUUCGACUAGAGUUGAAGGAUACCGCUGAAACCUUGAUUCGCGAUAAACUUUUCUUUAAGAGCCAAUACGAACUGAGUCAGGUUUCCGAAAAUAAGAUCCGGAAAGACCUGGAUCAGGUGGAGAAUGCGAUGAAGUUGAAGAUUGAGGAAUUGGAAGAUUACAAGAGCAAAGUCCAGGUCAAUGAGAAGAUUCUGAUUGAGUUGAGGAAUGAAAAUUCGAGACUGAAAAAGACAGAUGAAGCUUUAAAGGAGAAAUGCCAGGAAGUGAAGUAUUUGUCGGAGGUUAUUUUCCAGAAGGAUGUUACCAUCGAAACGCUUCAGACUCGCAAUGUGGAGAUUGAGAAUGAAAAUAAACAGUUGUAUGAUUACAGAAGGAAGUAUGAUUUGACUAAAGAGGAGAUUAUAGGUUGUCAGAGUGAAAUUCAGAGACUGACUCUGGGUUUGAAUAACAGGGAUGAUAUUAUCAAGAGAUUAGAGGAUAUGGCGAGGAGAAGUAGCUUUUCGGAUUCAUCACCGAGUGAUAGUAAUAAGAAUCAGGAAAUUCAUCACCUGCAGGAGUAUCUGAAAGAAAAGGACAAGGUGAUCAGACAAAUGAGUGAUGAUAGUAAGAGUUUGCAUAGGGCUUUGGAGACUAUUCAGAAUAAGAUGAAGGAGUCUGGAAAUGUCGUUGAGUUGAGGAAGAAGUUGAAAGAAGAGAGGAAGAUUAAUCUGGGUUUGAAAGAAUCUUUGGAGAAGGUGGUGAGUGAACUCGAGAGAUUGAAAGAAGAUGGAAUGCAGGAAGAUGAGGGGAUAGAGGAUAUGGUUCAGAGGGAAUUGAAUCUUUCGGCUCAGCUUGACAGACAAAUUAUGGAUGCUAUAGAGAGUGAACCUGAAGAGGGAGUUCGAAGGAUGGAGAAACAUUCCUGUAAUUCGUUGAAUAUAAAACCGGAUGGGUAUAAGCAGGAGAAGUUGAUUGAGAAGUUGAGCGAAUUGAAGUCGAAGUUGAGGCAAACUUCUAAAGAGAAAGAGGAGUUGAAUAGACUAAAGGAUGAUCUCGAGAUUGAGAAGGAGAUGCUGAGGUCCCAGGUUGCUGAAUAUGAGUCCAGAAUUCUUCAGAUUAAAUCUGAGUUGGAGGAGGAGAGGAAGAAAGUGACAGGACUUGAUGAAGAAAUUUUCAAACAGAGAAACGGUAUUAGAAGUUUGAAUGCUAGGAUUGAAAAAGAGAGGAAGAAUAUGGAAUCUCUGCAAGAACAAGAUGCCGAGCUCUUGUCGGCUUUAAGAAAGAAGUUGACAUCGUCUGUAAAAGCUGAGAGUAAAUUGAGGGAGGAAUUGAAUCAGGUGAGACAGGAUUGUCAGGCCUUGGAAAUUCAGCUCAGUACGCUUACCAGACAGGAGAAGAGUUUUGAUGGAAAUGCAAAGGUUCCUUCCGAGAUGCUGGAACAGGAGCAUCAGAAGUAUUUCAAAUUGACAGAGAAAUUUGAGAAAGAACAACGUAAUAAUGAAGAGUUGAGGGACAAUUUGAAGCUCAAGGAAAUAGAGAAGAGGAGAUGUGAAGAACAAUUGGAAAUUGCGAUUGAGAAGCAGGAGAGUUUGAACAGUAAACUUGCUUUGGUAGAGUGUGAUAAAGAUCAAUUGAGCACGAAUCUUUGCAGAAUUAAGGGGGAAUUGAGAGCCAAGGAAGAAGAGUGUGAGUUUUUGCAGAAGAAGAUUAAGACGAUGACUGAUGCGGAAGCUAAAAGGCAGGAAAAGAAGAGUAAUGACAAUGUAGAAUUGAAGAGAUUGAGGAGAGAGAUGGAGAAUAAUAAGGAUGUUCUCCGAGAUUUAGAAGUGGAUUUGGAACAUUCGAGGACUGAGUUGAAAGUAUCGUUGGAAAGGCAGGCACAGUUGGCUAGAUAUGUCGAAAGUUUGACUGAGGAGGAGUCUGAGCUCAAUCGACAACUUGCAUCUGCGAAGGAUGAGGAGAGAAGGUUGAAGGAAGUGAUUUCCAAUUUGCAGGCUGAAAUUCAAGGAAGUCUGAAGAGAGAAGUUGAGCUUUCCGACGAAUUGAGGAAGGAAAGAAUCUCUACUGAGAAGAAUGUGCCAUUGAAAUACUUGGAGAAGAUAAAAGAACUUAAUGAUACUUUAGAAAAAUACUCUCAUGAUAAGGCUGUGCUCUCGGCGAAACUUAGUCAAGUCAGAGAGGAGAAGGAGCUUUUUGCACUUCGUGCGAGGAGUUUAGAAACCCAAUUCGUACAUAAGAGACCUGCACAUUCCACUGGAGCUUUGACCGCAAAUUCAGAAGAAAAGUUGCAACACUUCUACGGAAAGUACCUGAGAACCGAUAGCCGACGGAAAGCCUUAGUUUACCAGAAGAAAUAUUUGAUCGGUGUGUUGACCUGCUAUCAGCGGUCCGAAGAAAAUACCUUGGCGUUCCUGGCACAAUUAACUCAAACCCAGAGGACGUGUACGAGGAAGAAUUCGAGUCGUAAAAAUGCGAAAGCGCAUUUCAGAAGUGUCGCAUUGGUUAUAAUUAGCGUUCACAGAAUGAAGUGGAUGAUAAUGAGAUGGCGAACUGGAAAGAGAGUCGGAGCCCACGCGAUUCUUGAUGAUCCAGAACAAUCCUACGUUCCACUUCGACCAAUAAAUACCAAUCAUUCGCCGCCAGUGAGAGACAGUCCUCUCACAAACGGAGAUCAACAUGACAGAUUCGACAAUUACCUUCAUCGUUUUCUGAGCACGUACAAUAUGACGUUGAAAAAAAAUAUUGACGUGGAUCACUCUGAUUAGAUCGGAAGAAUCUUUACCAGUCUUUUAUAUUUUCCUUUAUUUUUAUCGUAUUUUAUCUUAUUUAAUAUUAUUUUAUCACGAAACUUAACUUUAUUAUUAACCCUAAGCUUAUUAUUAAAAUUAAUUUUAUUUUAAAUAUAAAAAAGAUCGAAGAAAUCUUAAUAAGGAACUUUUUUAUAGUGAUGAGUCUUAGAAUUAGUUUUAAUUUCAGUUAUCUCCGAUCAACGUUUAUCUCGAGAAAGUUCGAAUGAAAUGGAUGAAAAAGGUGAUUGGUUUAAAUUUGCCCGAUCUUUGACUCAAGGGAAUUAAGUCACUAGGAUAGUUUCUUCAUUUACUUUUAGUCAAAUCGAUUUUAUUCCAUACCGCACGUUGUAAAAUAUUGUGAUCUACCGCUACAUAAUUGUAAGUUUUUUAUACUGUAAAACUAGAGGAGGACGAUUAUAGGUGCUCAGAUAUUUUUAGAGAGAUGUUAUUGUGCCGAUUGUUCUACACUAGCGAGUGGCUCUUCCUUUUACCGAAAUUUACCAAAGCAUGUUGACAAGAAAUGUAUGUUUUUUAUAUUGUGAAUAAAGUGUUAAAGAAUGAU